UGACAUAACCCUGACAUGCAGUGAUCCUAUCAAAUUUAUCACAAACAUACUAUUUGCGGUUGUUAUCUCUAGUGAGUGUAAUUAGUGACAUGAUUCCGCACUUUUCCGUAAAAAAUUAACAGGUGGUCGUCCCGAGUGAAUUUGUCGAUUAACUGUCCCUACAGUGAACAUAUCAAAAUGCUGAUUCUCCGAAGAACCACCAAUCUCAAAACUGCAAUACUGAGAUGUCUUUCAACAUCCUCAGCUCCCGUCGAAAAUCGAAAAUGCAGAUUGUUAGUCGUCGGCGGAGGAUCGGGGGGUUGCACCAUGGCAGCGAAAUUUGGCAAACAUUUCAAUAAGGGAGAGAUAUUCAUUGUAGAGCCAAGCGACACUCACUACUACCAACCCUUGUUUACGCUUGUAGGUGGUGGAAUUAAGAAAUUAGCCGAUUGUGGUAAACCCAUGAAAUCUGUCCUUCCCGAUACGGCAAAGUGGAUUAAAGAUAGCGUAACCGAGUUUAAUCCACAAAGGAAUUCUGUUACUGUCUCACGCGGCGAUGAAAUAACGUACGACUUCAUGAUAGUGGCAACAGGCUUGCAACUAAAUUAUGACAAAAUUCCAGGUUUAGUCGAGGCAUUAAACGUGCCAAAUACAGGGGUCUGUUCAAAUUAUUCAUACAAGUAUGUGAAUCGAACAUAUGAGAUUCUAAAACAGUUUAAAUCUGGAAAUGCAAUUUUUACUUAUCCAAACUCGCCAGUUAAAUGUCCAGGUGCUCCCCAAAAAAUUUGCUACAUUGCCGAGGACUUUUUUACAAGAAAUGGGAUUCGGGACAAAGUUAAUAUCACAUACAACACUUCGUUACCGGUUUUGUUUGGCGUAAAAAAAUAUGCCGACGCACUUUGGAAGGUUGUAGAAAAGCGUAAUAUAAAUGUAAAUCUACGUUGCAAUUUGGUCGAGGUUAAGCAUAAAGAAAAAGUUGCAGUCUUUCAAAAUUUAGACGUUCCAGAACAACUUACCGAAAUGGAGUAUUCCAUGCUGCACGUUACUCCACCAAUGAGUACACCUGACUCGUUGAAAAAGUGUACGGAUCUGGUAAACGACCUGGGAUUUGUCAAUGUUAAUAAAGACACACUGCAACACUUCAAAUAUCCCAACGUAUUUGCUAUAGGUGAUUGCAGUGCAACUCCAAAUUCUAAAACCGCCGCAUCUGUUGCUGCUCAAUCGAACAUUGUAUAUGAAAAUAUGAAGGCAGUAAUGGAAAACCAACCGUUAAAAGGCAAAUACAACGGUUACGCCUCAUGUCCUUUGGUAACCGGAUAUGGAAAAUGUAUUUUGGCAGAGUUCGAUUACGAUUUAAAUCCCCUUGAAACAUUCCCAAUAAGCCAAGAUAAGGAGAUGUGGCUUAUGUAUACUAUGAAAAAAGAUUUUAUGCCUCCUUUGUAUUGGCAUCUUAUGUUAAAUGGGAAAUGGAAUGGACCGGGAGCAGUGCGAGAUUUAUUACAUUUUAAUUUCUCAAAGUAAUCAUUAUCAAUUUAUUUUGUAUAGGCACAUUUUGAGUAAAUUGUGAUUGUUAUGA